AUGUCAAAUAAAAGCAAAAUUGCUGAGUUUCUCCUUCAGGGAAUAACUAACAACACCCAGGGAUUCCAGAUUUUGCACUUUGUAUUGUUUUUAGCCAUUUAUUUGGCAGGACUUGGUGGGAAUAUCUUCAUCAUCAUAACUAUAGCUCUCAAUCACCGCCUCCACACUCCCAUGUAUUUUUUCCUGAUGAAUUUAUCCAUUGUUGAUCUUGGCUCCAUCUCAGUCACUCUCCCUAAAGCAAUGUCAAAUUCCAUCAUGAACAGUCAGUCCAUUUCCUAUGGGGAGUGUGCAGCUCAAAUGUUUUUCUUCCUUUUCUUCAUGACUUCAGACUUUUCUCUUCUUACUGUCAUGGCAUAUGAUCGCUAUAAAGCUAUAUGUGACCCUCUGCAUUAUGAGUCCCUAAUGGAUAAGAUAGCCUGUCUCAGAAUGGCUUGUGGUGUCUGGAUCAGUGGUUUUCUCAAUGCAGCAUUUCACACCGCAGGCACAUUUUCUUUGAAUUUCUGCUCAAAUAUCAUCCACCACUUGUUUUGUGAAAUCCCUCAGCUCCUUGAAUUGUCCUGCUCUGAUGGGUAUGGAGGUGAAACUGUGUUCAUUGCUAUGUCUGCAGGUUUGGUCCUUGGAUGCUUUGUUUUUAUCAUUACUUCAUAUGUGCAUAUUUUUGCUGCAGUGCUAAGGGUUCCUUCUGUUCAAGGAAGACAUAAGGCCUUCUCCACUUGCAUACCACAUCUCAUUGUAGUCUCCAUGUUUGUCUGUUCUGGCAUUAUCACCUAUCUCAGGUCAAUUGCCAGAUCAGCCUCUGAUUUGGACCUCGUUUCAGCUCUGCUUUAUUCUGUGUUGUCACCGGUAACAAAUCCUGUCAUCUACACCAUGAGAAACAAAGACAUAAAAACUGCUUUUCAGAUGUUAUUAAAUGGGAAAAUUUAA